AUGAAGUUGUAUUAUCGACAAGCCCUCGCUGCAGUUUCGCAAAAAAAGAUAUUUACCAUAGUAUUUACUAGUGUUCUAUCAGAAACGAGGUUUAAAGAGUACAACGAUAGAUUCUUGGCUUGGAAGAAACGAGAAAGGAGACCUUUAAGGAGCUAUAAUGGAAAACAUAAGAGACUACUGGUCUCCUUCAUCAUACUGAGAUGUACACUUCAUGACACAGGGACAUACUGCAUUACAGGACAUAAGAUGUUCCUUUAA